AUGGAAGCCAAACAAAUGCUAGGAAAAGGAAUUUCAAGAGUACACAAACAAAAAGUCAGAGCACAAUCCAUUACACAAGCCCUUGUCAUUGUAGAGUCAUCAUUAACAGCUCUUUUACUAUCGUAUUAG